UUACGUUCUCUAUAAAAUAUGUUACAGAGACUGUUGUAUUUACGAUUUUCAGGAUUACACUUGAAAUCAUGGAUAAUUAUUGUAGUCCCUUCAGUUUUACUAAACAAACAGCUUCUUUAUUGCGUGGCUUGGGUGUACCUGAGUUAAUACCAGAAUGCAAGAAAAGAAAUAUAUCAACUGACACACUGCAUGAACUUACUACAGAGGAAUUAAUAAUGUUAGGUGCUGAUUCCAAAAAAGCGGAAGAGAUAAGAAAUGCUUUAAAUAUAAAGGGAAGAAGGUCUGGUGUUGUAGUAACAAAUAUUCAGGACAGGCUUGAACAUUUUCUUGAAAUAAUUAAGCACGGUGAACAACAGUUAUCUCUUAUACAAGCAUUUGUCUCAUAUUGUCGACUAAGGCUUAAGAAGGAAAGAAUUAAUAUCUUUGUUAAUCCCAAUAAGAGUUUAAGUGCUUCUGAAAUAUUACCUAUUGCUGUUAAUGCUACUUUGACAGAAUUAGAGGAAGCAAAGCAAAAUUUGUACGAGCUGGAAGAAUUAAUUUUAGGACUGCUCGCGAUAAUUGUGUUCGGAUGCAUAAGCAACAAGGGGUACAUACGAAGGGCAGACGGAAAAGAAGUGUGCCUCUACAACGAGGACCACAACGCUUGCAAUUACGGGAUAGCGAUCGGAGUCCUUGCUUUCCUUGCCAGCAUCGGAUUCCUCGUCGGGGAAUACCUUUUCGAGCAGAUGUCCUCUGUUAAGACCAGGAAGCACUUUGUUCUUCUUGACUUAGGAUUUUCAGGUUUCUGGGCAUUCCUUUACUUCGUUGGAUUUUGUUAUUUAACUAACGCUUGGAACAAAUCGAAAACGCCAGAAAAUAACUAUGGAGUGACCAAUGUCGAAAGUGCUAACGCCUGCAGCUUCUUCUCCAUUUUCACCUGGGCCGCCUGUGCCUGGUUCGCCUUCCAAAGAUUUAAACAAGGAACUGACGCUGCGUUCGCACCUAGUUACGAAGCAGACCCUGUUGGGGGAACAGGCUACACAAGUUAUCCUGACGCAACUGAUACCGGUUAUCAGGACCCGCCUUUCGGCCAACAACAACAACAGCAACAACAACAACGGAUGCCUGAUUUCCAAGCACCAGCUUACUAA